UCCCCCAUCCAGAUUAAGCCUUCCAUUUUCACACGCAACAAUAGCUGAAAUAUAUAUAUAGGUCUUCAGCUCUUCAGAUUGUUAGGAAAGAGGAAAGGCGUUUGAGGAGAGAAGGUGAGCUAUGACCAUGUUGCUGCAAAUUGUUUUUCCACCUACUUUGCUCCAUGCUGCAGCAUCAGUAUUUACUCUAAUAUCGAUGGCAAUCCUUGGGUUUUUAGAAACCGGAGGGAUACACUUGCAGUAUUCCAAAUUCUCCAAUCCAGCCAGGAUUAAUGUUCCCAGUAGAGUUGGUAUGCUCCUGAUCUACGCUCCAGCCUUCCUUGCCGGUCUUGCCUCCUUUUGGCUUUUCCCAGAUGGGGACCUUAGAUUUCUCUUCCUCAAAUCUGCUGUCACCAUCCAUUUCUUCAAGAGAAUCUUGGAGGUGCUUUUCGUUCACAAAUACAGUGGAGUGAUGGGUCUUGAGUCAACGAUAAUUAUACUUGUUACUUACUUUACACUCAGUUCGAUCAUGAUUUACGCACAACAACUGACACAGGGACAUCCAGAGCCGUCAAUUGAUUUGAAGUAUCCUGGAAUUGUGUUAUUCCUAAUAGGAAUAAGUGGUAAUUUCUACCAUCAUUACCUUCUCUCCAAACUAAGAGCAAAGGGCUCCAAAGAUUACAAGAUCCCCAGAGGUGGUUUAUUUGAGUUGGUGAUUUGCCCUCACUAUCUGUUUGAGAUCUUAGGCUUCUUGGGAAUCAGCUUAAUUUCUCAGACUUUAUAUUCUUUUUCUGUCGGUCUAGGCUCUGCUAUGUACUUGACAUGUAGGAGUGUUGUCUCCAGGAGAUGGUACCUCUCUAAAUUUGAAGAUUUUCCAAAACAAGUCAAGGCCCUUAUUCCAUAUGUUUUCUAGAUAUAUUAAUGAAGGCUCAAAAAGAAAUUGGUCCAUCGUCUCGAACUUGUUUGUACCAAAGAAAUCCCUUAAAAAUUGUUCUCUUAUUAA